UACAGUCUAGUUGAUCCCACAAAAGCUCAAUGGGGUUAAGAUCCAUAACACUCUUUUCCAAUUAUCUGUUGUCCAAUGUCUGUUUCUUUGCCCACUCUGAACUUUUCUUUUUGUUUUUCUGUUUCAAAAGUGGCUUUUCUUUGCAAUUCUUCCCAUAAGGCCUGCACCCCUGAGUCUUCUCUUUACUGUUGUACAUGAAACUGGUGUUGAGCAGGUAGAAUUCAAUGAAGCUGUCAGCUGAGGACAUGUGAGGCAUCUAUUUCUCAAACUAGAGACUCUGAUGUACUUAUUCUCAUGUUUAACUAUACAUCUGGCCUUCCACAUCUCUUUCUGUCCUUGUUAGAGCCAGUUGUCCUUUAUAGUAUACUGUAGUGUACACCUUGUGAAAUCUUUCAUUCCUCAAAACAACGAUUGUCUGACAAGUUUCUAGAGAAAGCAGUUUCUUAAGACAUGCCAGUCUAUUGCAUACUGUGGCAACUCAAAAACAAACACAAAGACAAUGUUAAGCUUCAUUUAACAAACCAAAUAUCUAUCAACUGUGUUUGAUAUAAUUGCAAGUGAUUUUCUUUUAUUACUCAAGGAUAAGGUGUUGGAGCGAUUGCUGCUGGAAAUGGGGCCUGUCUAGAUUUGAUCAAAAAUAUAUUUUUUCAAAUAGUGAUAGUGCUGUUUAUGACAACUGUUCCUUUUCUCAGCGCUGAUGAGAAUUCCACCAAUCACAGAGGUCUGUUUGCAGGAUAGCGCGAAUUCUUUUGUCGUUUCUUCAGAGACUGAUUUGACGGAUUUGUAUAUAUGGUAUCUGUCCUUGCUAUUAAUAUAUUUAAACGAUCAUUACUUUUAGUGGAUGAAUCGAGUUGUUUCAAAUGUGUCUCCAAUGACUAGAUUUGACUCAAUGACGAAUUAUUUUCGCUGAUAUGCAGCGCCACAUUCAGGAAUAACAGGGAACCAUUGUUACAUAAUAAGCACUUCGUUUCCAGUUUUGGUGGUGUCAGACAGAGUUGCAAAGAAGAGAAAAUACAGUUUCUAAAAAACAGGAACAGACAGAGAUAGAAGAAAGAUAAAGAUCCGAGGAGACGAAAUGUUCCUGUACAUGUUUGGUCUCAUAGUCCUGCUCUAUGUGUAUCGGUGGUUCAGAGAAUUGGAAAGAGUUCCCAACAAAACAGAGAAGUUUGUGUACAUCACAGGUUGUGAUACAGGCUUCGGGAAUCUCCUGGCCAGACACCUGGAUGUAAAGGGUUUCCGUGUCAUCGCUGGCUGUUACACGGAGAAGGGAGAGGAUGAGUUGAAGAAAAAUUGCAGUGACAAACUCACAACAUUGCAUUUGGAUGUGACUGAUAAUGACAGCAUAAACAAAGCCAGUGACACCAUUAAAAACCUGGUGGGACAGAGGGGUCUGUGGGCCGUGGUUAACAAUGCUGGUGUCUCAAUCCCAACUGCUCCCAAUGACUGGCUGGUUAUUGAGGACUUCAAACACAUGAUAGACGUAAACUUGAUUGGGGUUAUUGCUGUCACUCUGAGUGUCUUACCUCUUAUUAAGAAAGCCAAAGGCAGAGUGGUCAAUGUGGCCAGUAUAUUUGGAAGGAUUAGUACACUUGGCGGGGCAUACUGCAUAUCGAAGUAUGGAGUAGAGGCGUUCAAUGACAGUCUAAGGAGGAACAUGGCACCAUUUGGAGUUAAAGUUUUAUGUAUCGAACCUGGAUUCUUCAAAACAAGUGUUACUGACUCUGUCAUCAUACAAAGUAAUAUAGAGAAAUUAUGGACGAAGGUGCCUCAGGAUGUCAAGGAUGAGUAUGGCAGCGACUUCAUAGACAGAAUAAAGCAGAUGAUGGAGGAGAAGUUUGAGAAGAUUUUGGAUACAGAUCUGAUGAAGGUGGUGAACUGCAUGGAGCAUGCUGUGGCUGCUGUCCAUACUCGAACCCGAUAUUCUCCGGGAUGGGAUGCCAAGUUCUUUUGGUUGCCUCUCUCCUACAUGCCAACCUUCAUCUCUGAUGCUUUUGUUUUAAAAACUGCUGUUAAUCCAAAAGUUUCAGUUCUGUAA